CGUUGCAUGUUUUGAAAAGAAGAAGAGCUGCAAUGUCUAUUUAUUUGUUAUGUUUGACGACAAAUGGCGGCUUGCCCGUGUUUACAAGAAAGAAGGGAGAAUGCGAAAAUCUACCCUUCUCCACGGUGGCCUCCCUCAACGGCUUUCACAUGUUCUUCAAAUCGCUGGGCAUCCAACUGGAGGCCACGACGACCAGCAAACAGCAGCCCAGCCAGAAUCUGGCUCCCGCGGACGCCGAGGAGUGGACGUACAUCUGGCGGGACAGCGACGCCAUCACCCUGAUCGUCUGCGGCUGCGGCGUGGGCUCGGAGCAGCUGCUCCAGACGCUGGCGGAUCUCGUUUUCGGGGCCAUCGGCAUGUUCAUCACCCGGGCCGCGGAAAUGGCGCAUGCCACGUUGCUGGAGCGGCUGAAGAAGGACGCCAAGAAGUAUGUGCCCAUUGUGGACGCCAUUCUGGAGGCGGCCUGCGCGGGCACCCAGCUCCUGGGCUACACGGACUGCCUGCUGGCGGCGGAGAAUGCCCAAUUGCUGCAGUGCCUCAAUGAGUUCAGUGGUCACUGCGGCUCGCUCUUCUGCUGCCUGGUGGUGGGUCACCGAAUCGCCGUGGCCACCGAGGGCUGGUGGGAUCUGGACACUCGCGAUCGGGAACUCCUCCUCUUCCUGCUCAACUCAUCGAGCACUUUGCAGCACGAUGUGCCCGUCUAUCUGCCCGUUAAGAGUCCCCACAUAGCCUACCGAUUUGUCAGCAUUCCCGUGGCAUCUAAUAGUGCCUUGUGUGUCCUGUGUGGCGCUGAAAAUGCCUCGUUUCGAGAGCUCCAUGCGCAUGCCAUGAGUGCCUAUCGCAAUGAGAGCAACCUACUGGCCGCCGCUGAGCGUUGUGUGCCGCGCAGUUUGCCCGAGCACCUGGACAUCGAUGGCAGUGUGCUGGCCAUCAUUCUGGUAAACCGACACUCACGGAAAAGUCUGUUCACCAGGAAUCUCAACCAGUCGGCUAGUGUUAAGCGCAUCAUUGUCGGCGACCUGCAGCGCCUGGACAUUCUUAAGAAGUUCUUCGAUCAGACCAUGGAUGCACUGCAUCAAUUUGAAGGAGAGUCGUCGAGCAAUAAGACUCUUUUGGUGGACCAAUAUAGCUGCUCGGACUAUCACAAGUGCUAUGCCCAUACGGAUGAGCUGGGAAAUGUCUUGUUUCUGCUGUUCGUAGCUGCUGUGCCCUCGCACGCAAUGAGAUUUCUGGCGCAACGCAUCCAUGACAACAUUCUCCAGGAAAAGUCUGUAUGCUGGUGAACCGUCCUUUCUUCCUGAAUUCUAUAAGACUGAUAUUUUUCUACUAUUUAUACUUGGUAUUAGGUAGCUUUAA